AUGUCCGAAGCAGCUGCAGCUCAAUCGCCAGCAAGAUUAAGAAAUCUAUUUGCUCUUAUACUAGCUGUUUGUGGACCAUCCAAUCCAAAACAAUUAUGGGAGUCGUACAAAGAAAGCUUGACUGAAGACAUUCUGAGAAAUGCUCGCAGGCAAAAUCCUGGAAUGAAUUUGGAUUAUACACCAGAUAUGUUUAAUCAAGCACUGAUUAUUAUUGAAAAUAAAGUUUUAGAGAUGGGUGGCAAAGAACUUGAGAAAUUAGAGCUCCCAACUCCUCAACGAAAUUCGGGUGAUCGAUUAAACAGUGCAAUGCUCAGAGAAACAAGUUAUGAUGUGAAAGAGUUGGAUGCUUAUAUAACAGCAAAUGAGCCACUGUUGGUGCCGGAUCAGAGAGCUGCAUACAAUGCGAUUUUGGAUCAGAUCGAGAAGAAAGCUGGUGGAAUAAUCUUCCUUGAUGCACCUGGUGGAACAGGGAAGACAUUUGUCAUUAAUUUGUUAUUGGCUAAAAUCCGGUAUCAGUCAAAGAUUGCGAUUGCGGUCGCCUCUUCCGGUAUCGCUGCUACGCUGCUUCACGGUGGUCGUACUGCGCACUCGACAUUAAAGUUACCUCUUAAGUUUUUGGAAAAUCAAACUCAUGUCUGUAGUAUUACCAAAGGAACUGGCGAAGCAAAGGUUCUGCAAGAAUGUGAACUUAUUGUAUGGGACGAGUGCACAAUGGCUCAUAGGUAUGCAUUAGAAGCUUUGAACCAUACUUUACAAGAUCUUCGUAACAAUGGAAAGAAUAUGGGUGGAGUAGUUGUACUUAUUGCUGGCGAUUUUAGGCAAACAUUACCAGUUAUUCCAAAGGGUACCAUGGCUGAUGAGCUAAAAGCUUGCUUGAAAUCUUCGUAUCUUUGGAGACAUGUUGUACCAUUAAAACUCAGUACUAACAUGAGAGUGCACUUACGAGGUGACGUAUCUGCCGGCCGUUUCGCUGAACAACUUCUCGCAAUUG